AUGAUCAAGCCUGCCCUCGAUCAUAUGCACCCAGAGAUUCUGGCCGAGAUAUGUUGGCAUCUCUGCACCCACUACACAAAUAACCAUCUGAGUCACUAUCCCCAGCCAAACUCACUCGCAACCCCUGAUCCAGGAAAGCUAUGGGAGAAGCCAUCUGCUGAGAUCACCGCCGGCCUUCUGAGCCUCACUCGCACUUGUCGGGUCCUGAACAACGCUGCGACGCCAUACCUCUACCACAACAUCGACGCAAGAGGAUGGUCAGAGGAGAAGAUCACUGAAUUCCUCAAGGGUCGCCGCCAGCUGCAGGAGAGAUCCUUCAUCCGUCGCCUUACCUAUGAGCUCGACCCGUUUCCCUUGUACACUCUGCUAUGCAGAAUGCCUAAUCUCCAGCUACUCUCUUUGGUAGACCGUGGCUCCUUCGGUCAGACACUCGCAAGCAAAACACAGAAAAAGCUGCAUGAUCUGCGAUAUCUGCACCUCGAAAGCACAUCUCCCACGCACAAGCGUGAUCUAAGCACAUUGGAGAACUUGUUCAAAAUGGCACCCAACAUCAAGACAUUUGCCAUCAAAUCCGGUCACAUCGAGUGGAAAGGGAAUCCACACAACUCUCCCAAAGGGCCACUAGCAAACCUCACCUGCCUGAAGCUUCUCAACGUGAGUUUCGACCCGCAUGCUCUCGAAGAAGUGCUCAAAAAGUGCGACCCUCUUGAGUCAUUCAUAUACAUAAACCAGCGAGGAGUGUCUACAAGACCCUCGAACGUCGCAUUUGGACUCAAAAAGUCCUCUUCCACCUUGCGUUACCUAGAAUGCUGCUGGGACUCAAUACAUGAUGCGCCUUCGGUAUCCUUACUCCUCCGUUCGCUCAAGACUUUCGAAAGACUACAGACCUUAGUUCUCGGUGGGGAUUCCCUUUCUAUUGGAGUAUCCGGCCAUGAUAAUGCUACCAAUGCCUUUUAUAUAAAGGGUCUUGAUCCGACAAGUCUAAUCGAACUUCUGCCCGCUUCUAUCGUCGAGGUUCGGAUCGACUCAAAAGACCUCCACGAGGACAUGUACCAGCCUAUGGUAGUAUUGUGCCAGGCAAAGCAAGCUGGGUCAUUCCCAGAACUUCGGACGUUCUUGCAGAGCAACUUCGAUGCUUCUGAAGUUCCUUAUACUUUGGGGGACCUCAACCAACUAUCUGAGAGAUACGGGGUCUCGUUCAAACAAGAGGCGAGAUCUGUAUUCCCACUGCCUGUAGCUCGUCCCGCGAGGGUCAUUUGGGUGCCCGAUCGGCGUAGGCCCCUGAGGGCAAUGACUCAAACCUCCAUGUAG